CUGGAGUCCUCCCUCAACUUACUGAACUGGCAGAAGACUAACUCCAUGAAGAAAGCAGAAUGUUUUCUGUUCUUGAAGAAACAAAGCUGAGAAGGAUAAAGGGAAAAAUUAUGACUGAAGAGAGCAGGUUCUGCAAAAACUGUAAACGAGAUGUGUCUGCUGCCAAUUUCUCCCUCCACGAGGCCCACUGCCUGCGGUUUCUCACUCUCUGUCCAGAAUGUGAUGAACCCGUUGCCCAAAAGGAUAUGAAUGACCAUCAAACAGAAGCACACAAGCAGGUCAGAUGUAAUCUUUGUCACCAGAGUAUGCAGCAGUACCAGCUGGAGUGUCACAAGGCCAAGGAAUGCCAUGAACGAGCAACAAAAUGCAAGAUCUGUGAGCUGGAAAUGCCCUUCAACAAGCUGCAGGAACACCUGAAUACCUGUGCCAGCCGAACAGAGCGGUGUUGGGGAUGUAACAAAUAUGUCAUGUACAAAGACCAAAACAAACACAAAGAUAUCUGUCAGAAAAGUGGUCCAUCCAACCGUAAGGAUGUGAACUUUCAAACCAAUGAAGCAUCUACUCACGCAACAUUAACUUAUCCAAUCACUGGUAACAGUGACAAUCUUUGUUUGAAGUGCAAUAAGUCAUUCCCAGAUGAUCAGUACUCCCAGCAUCUGAAUAAAUGCAGCGCACCCCAUACGCUGACCAAGGGUCUUGCUGGCCAGAAAACUUCAAAACCCAGCACUGACCUUCCUCAGUCUUCUUCCUCCCUGGCUCUCUCUUCCACUUCUGAGAACGCAAUGGCAUGGAAAGACAUCCGUCCCAAAGGGAAAGAAAGGGACCAGCCGUUGACCUCCAAAACCUUGCUCAAACCUCCGAAGAACAAAAAGAGGCUCAGCUUUCCCUCCCCCACAAGGGGUGGGCUUUCCAAAUCACCUCAAGCUCUUAAAGAUACCCUGUCUUAUGACAUGAUGGUGACCUGUGCUCACUGCAACAUUCUCCUGCCACUUCCAACCCUUCGGAAACAUGAGAUCAAGUGUCUACGUUUGACAUCUUUACAAAACGCUAGGAUGAACCCAAAAUCAAGUCAUGGAAAAGAAGAAGACUCCUUUUAGGACACUCGUGCUUAAACCUGGAAAUAAAGAUGCAUCUUCAGAAUGAAGCUUCAGCUCGA